AUGCUUUGCUUCAAUAGACGUCUUGGAUGUCUACAUGACAAACCUGUGAUUAACAUUACCCUUUUGGAAGAUUUAUUUGAUGCCAUAGACCGGGAUUUGAAGAGUAUUGGUAUAAAACCCUAUCGUUUCUUCAACACACCCCUGUACAGGAAAUUUAAGAAAGGAGCUGACCAUAUUCAUAGCAUUUGUCAAACCGAAAUCAAAAGUGCCUUGAAAAAGCUAGAAACUGCAGAACGGGACGGAAAUCUGGAGGAAUAUCUCCAGGAACCGAAUUUGCUGUAUUCCUUACUCAGCCACCCUAAAAUGACCCCUCGAGCUGUGGACAGAACACUUCUAGAUUUGUUUAUUGGUGGCGUCGAAUCAACUUCCAACACUUUGAUCUAUGUACCAACAUCACCGGGGAUGUAUCGGUGUUUUGAUAACGAUGUUGUUGUUGGGGGAUAUCACAUUCCUGCUGGGACAGAAAUUGUUGUUUGUUUGCUUGGGAUGUGCGAGGACCCUCAUUUUUUCAAAAGUCCUGAGAUAUUCCUUCCAGAAAGAUUUGUCCGAGAUGACAACACUCUAACAGAGGAAUACAAAUACACCAAUCCGUUCGCCAUUCUUCCGUUCGGGUUUGGUCCAAGAAGUUGUAUUGGUCAACGAUUUGCAGAAACUGAGAUUCAUAUUCUCACUGCAAAGAUUUUCCAGCGUUUAGAAGCUUCUCUUCCUCCGGGAACAGAUUCAGUUAUGGAGUAUAAAUACCGAACAUUUGCAACACCUAAACAUGCAGUACCGCUAAUGCUUAGUCCUAGGAAGAAUUAGAUUUCAUAUCUUAGAGAGAAAGAUAGAUACAGAAGUGUAUUC